AUGGUCUCAGAUAUUCGUGACUUUUACAAACAAGGCAGGACUUGUUGUUUAGCUGUGCCUUUGUUUCAAGGGGGUAUUAUGUCAAUUCUUUAUUUAAAUUGCUUUCUAGCUGCUUUUUCAUCUUGUAUGUCAUUCGUUGGUCCCAAGAUCCUUGCACUCGUUCAACCUAUCAUUGCUGCUUAUGCAUUUGGAGCAUUAUAUGCCAUUGUGGCUCUACUACAUAUCUAUGGCAUUGUUUGUGUUGAAACAAAUCGAGUUCAAUAUUUUCGACAUUUUAAAAACUUUACCAUGUAUAUCUUAGCCAUUCUUUUUAUCAUGUCAUUAGGAGUCAUCAUCCUUUCAUCAUCAAAACAUGAAGUCUCAACUUCACAAUGUAUGAAAGUUUAUCAUUUUCCAGUAGAUCCGACUUUCAAUACCAAAUCAAAACAAACAUUAACCAAGAAUGGUACAAGUUCUGCUGUACAAGCUGCUAUGACAGUUUGUGAUUAUUUUGCUUGGGCUCAAGUUGGUGUGAUGGCUAUGGGUUGGAUGGUGAUGGCUCUUAUUCAACUUUAUUUUUUGUCUAAACAUCAAGUUUAUUAUGAACUUAAAUGGGAAGAUUAUCUUAAUGAACGUGGUAAUCGUUGA